AGAACAGACAGGAAGUGCAGUUUUAUUUUCUCAGAGGAAAUGGCCGCAACCAUGCAAGUUAAGAUUGGAAUCAUUGGUGGUUCGGGUCUGGAUGAUCCUGAUAUCUUGGAAGGAAGAAGCGAGAGAUAUGUUGAAACCCCCUAUGGAAAGCCUUCAGAUGCUCUGAUAGUGGGAAAGAUUAAAGGUGUUGACUGUGUGCUCCUGGCAAGACAUGGUAGACAACACACAAUUAUGCCAACAAAUGUCAACCAUCGAGCCAAUAUUUGGGCACUCAAAGAAGAAGGCUGCACACACUUGGUUGUGACGACAGCAUGUGGCUCCCUAAAGGAGGAGAUUCAGCCCGGAGACAUUGUUAUUAUUGACCAGUUCAUUGACAGGACAACAAAAAGACAUCAGACCUUUUAUGAUGGGAGCUCUACCAGCCCUGCUGGGGUCUGUCACAUUCCAAUGGCUGAUCCCUUCUGUAAAAAAACAAGAGAGGUUCUUAUAGAGGUGGCAAGGAACCUCGGAGUGAAGUGCCACCCCAAAGGGACCAUGCUGACAAUCGAGGGACCGCGUUUCUCUUCCAGGGCAGAGAGCCUGAUGUUCCGCCAGUGGGGUGUUGACGUCCUUAAUAUGACCACUGUUCCAGAAGUAGUUCUAGCCAGAGAAGCUGGCCUUUGCUAUGCAAGUAUUGCCAUGGCAACAGACUAUGAUUGCUGGAAGGAACAUGAAGAAACGGUCUGUGUAGACAACGUGUUAAAAACAAUGAAGGAAAAUGCAAACAAAGCGGCCAGUAUUCUUCUCACUGCAGUGCCACAUAUUAGCAAAAUGGAUUGGGUGGAAACUGUAAAGAACAUGAAAACUGUGGUGCAGUGUUCAGUAAUGUUACCAAAACAUUGAAAUGAAGGAACCAGCUGAAGGAAAACUUUCAAAUCCAUAAUUGCCACACAAACCAAAGGCUGAUGGACCGUCAAACUUGUAUAUCCUCAAAGAAUGUAACUGCAAAAACAUGAAGUGCUUAAAUCUUGUUUUAGUUUUAUUCUUAUUCUAAUAAAUUGCAAAGAAAA